GGAAUAGUAGCCAUUUUACGUGGAUAUCCCGUUCAGUGUAAGCAGUAGUAUCGGCGUGAUUAUUGCAAAAAGUCAAAAUAAUCGUGGUUCGGGAUAUUUCUGUUUUUCGAAAUGCGUUAGAAAAGUGCGAUUACCACUGUCGAUUCGACCAAGAUUUGUUGCGCUUAUUGACUGGGAACGCAACAUCAUGAUGUCGACAAAGUCUAAGGAGAUAGCCGACGAAUAUAUUUCGUCGUUGUCAGACUUAACAAUCAACAGCAAACCUUUGAUUAAUAUGCUCACUAUGCUGGCAGAGGACAACAUUGAACAUGCAUCAGCAAUCGUUCAAGCUGUUGAGAAUCACCUACAAAAGGUGAGAAGCGACAUCAAAUUACCUGUUCUUUAUUUGAUCGACUCUAUUGUAAAGAACGUAAACGGAGCGUAUUUAAAUCUUUUCACACAAAAUAUUGUCAACACUUUUUGCGGAGUCUUCGAAAAGGUGGACGAGAAUACGAGAGCUAGUAUGUGGAAACUGCGACAAACGUGGAACGAUGUAUUUCCUGCAAAGAAAUUGUUUUCUUUGGAUGUACGGGUACAAAGUAUCGAUCCUGCCUGGCCGAUCACUGCCUCUCCUACUAGUGUUUCUUCGGGAUCUAUACACGUUAAUCCUCGGUUUUUUUCAAUGCCCCCGCAAUCAACAACAUCAAUUGUAGCACAACCAAUUGUAGCACCUGUUAAGCUGCCUCCAGGUGAUCCUGUAACACCAACGGAAGCAGCAAUGCGGGAACAAUUACUAAAGAAACAACGAGAGCUAAUAGAAUUACAAAAGAAAAAGAUUGAAUUAGAAUUACUCCAGGCUAAGGCAAAUUUAGAGCAGCAACAACGACAACUUGAUAAACAAGCUGGAAAUUUAAAAGCAGAAUUGGUUGCAGCCACAACACACGUUACAGCAGGCAUGGAAACUAUCACGCAAGGGAAACCUGUUGCACUUAACGUGCCAUGUCAAACAUCAAAACCAGUAACAAAACAGUUUCCGGCAGCAACUGCUUCGCUUCUGAAAAAUGCAGGAACGAACAAUGGGCCACGAAUUGCACCAGCUAGUAGUAUAGCAGUAGCAUCAGCUAAACCUGUGUCACGUGAUCCAAGAUUAAAGACUACUUCAACUCAAGAUUUAGCAGCUUCAAGCGUGGACCCUCGGCAGCGAAUAAGUACACCAAGUCAAAAGGAUACCCGGGGUGAAGGCCAAACCCAGCUAGCGGCAAAUACAAACACUGUACUUUCAGAUCAAUUAAAACAGCAGUUACUUUCGAAACAGGCUGUGACUAGCACUAUCAACAAGUCUUCGACAAAUCUUGCCGGCUCCGAUACUGCGACGAUAAACGCUAGUAAUAACAAUAAUGCUAAUACGAACCUCAUCAAUAAUAAUAACAAUAAAAAUUUCAGUGGUAACGCAAAUAAAGAUGCUGUGUCGCAUCGAACAAGUCAAAAGAAAGACCCUCGAUUGUCUAGUAAUAGUAGUGGUAACCUAAACAGUAAUAGUUCCAAAGGUUCUCAAAGUCUAUCUGUGGGUAGUAAUAGUUCUUUAACGUUAUCUACGAGUAACAGAGGAGGUGGGAGUAACGAUUCCAAAUCGAAAGACUCGAAGAGUUCGAAUUCACGGAAUUUUUCAUCUUCGACAAUCGAUAAAUCUUCCACUUCCUCCAAAUCCUCGCAUAGAAAGAUAGGUAACAAAUCGCGAUCUAAACAACCUCAGUCAUCUCCGAAUAAGAUACCGAAAGUUGACAGAGACGUCAGCCCUGUUAGGUCCAAAUCUCGUGAAAAAGACAGUGGAGACAGUUCACCAUCCUCGCGUACCUCUCCUCAGUCCUUUCAAACCUCUAAAAACCGAAAGAAGAAUACCAAAUCGAGAAAGCGCAGUCCAAGCCCUCCGUAUAGAAUUCCCAGGCGUAACGAUGCAAAAUCUAAUUCAAGUCUAAGCAGUUCCGGUGGUGUCACUGAGGAGGAGCAAUCUGGUUCAUUGAUAGUCUCUCCUCCUCAUCCACCUACAUUUAAAGAAAUUCGACCGAAUGCUAGACAACGAAAUUACGUAAGGCGAAACAAGGACGACAGUCUUAGUCCCGAGCGGUCUCCGGUAAAUACUGGAAACGCUCAAACUUCCGUGGAGCCAACAUUGGAAUCGUCCAGCAAAGAUGAAGAUUUGAGAUCAACGCUAUCUCUUCCAGGUGCAACUGCUUCUGUACCGGAAAAGAAAGAAGACUUAGAUUUGCGCGUGUUACCGCCGCCAGUUAAUGCCAACAAACGACAAAGCUCGGAACACAUGGAAUCAUCUUUAAUGAAAAAAACAAAGGCCGAAAAAUUUGAUGCAUUAUUCGGAAAUGAAGACGUUGAUCUGCGAACGUUAACUCAUCCUAAAGCAGGACGGCCACCCACCCCACCUCCACCCGUGAUAUCGGGUGAAGAUGGUAAAGACGGUUGGGCAAAGUUAAAAACGCCAUCGAAAAAUGACAGAGAAAAACAAAUAGGUAAUCCUGACGACAAAAGAGACAGCAGAGAUCGUAACAGAGACAGAUUGGGUAGGCUUAGGCUUUACAAUAAACUACCGGAUGAUCCUAAAGAAAGGAGAAGGACACUGUCGAACGAAGAUCAAGAUAAUAGACCAGGACGACGAGGGCGAGAGAAUGAUAAACCCGAAAGAAACGAAGAUAGAAAUAUCGAGAUAAUAAUGAAACAAGCCGCCGAACAAUUGAACCAAGGUUCGAUAACUAAAACACAAUAUAAUACUCUUAUACAGGAGGUUUUACACAUGAGCGAAGAUCGCAAAUUAAGAGCUGCGCAACGAAAAGAAAAAGAGGUAGGUUCUAUCGUUUGGGAAAAAGGUGUGAAUUUGGAUAUGACUGGUCCAGGAGAUCGUGCACCCACCUUCAGUCCUUCGAACGAUAAAGAAGUAAUGAGAAGUAAAGAUCAUCCUAUUCCAAGAAAUCCUAAUGGUCCAAGAUGGCAAGGUCAGCCAUGGCAACAACCAGGACCAUGGGCUCAUCCACCAGGACCACCAUACGGACCGCAAGGACACUUUAACUCGGAACUCAGGCCUGUCGGCCUCUGGCAAAAUCCAAGACACUUUGGUCCGAUACGGCCUGAUUAUCAGUAUCACGGCGGUUUCAAUCAUAAUCUCGGCCCAAAUCCUCGUUUGGGACCUGGAAUGAUGGGACCUAUGGGACCUAAUGGGCCACUUAUGCCGAAUCUUUUGCCGAAUGGCCCAAUCGGUCCGAUGGGUAUGCCUAAUCCAUCUAUAACGUUACCAGGAAUUAACGGACCUGGAAUAAUGAUGAACAACGGACCAAUGUCGAAUCUUUUGUCCAAUCCAAACAUCACUUCCUUGAACGCCCCACGAAAUCUAUCGCCAAACUCGUCCUCGAAAUAUGAUUCCGAAGAUGCCGAUCAAAAUUAUACUACAAUGAUGAAAAGUCAAAAUCCUCAUAGUCGUGAAUUACCACCGCCAGAUCCGAAAUUAUUGGACGAAAUCGCGAGAGAUACCAUGAAAUCUAUAAACAUUGAUAAUAUACCACGUGAAAUUCGAUAUUACGGACAAACUGGCGUUGUUUUUAUGAACUGGGACGAUCCUAGAGAAAUUGGAUUCCAAGAUGGUAUAAGACGAAUUUUAAUCGAUGACAAGGACACUAUCACUUGUGCAUUUAACGAUCAAUACAAAGAAUUUAUGUACGAAGGUGAAGUUCAUAGAAUUAAAUUAGGUGCUCCUACAAGAGAACUGUACGUCGAUGACCGAUGGUACGAGUGUUAUUUUGGUGGUAUGCCGGUAACGAUAGAUCUUGGUGGUAAAAAAGUUAGCGUGAAAUUGGAAGGGCCUCCGCCUCAAGUAAAAAUUGGUACUGUAAAGAGAACAGACUUGGUAGUUGCCAAAAUAAAUCUUAUCAUUAAUGCGCGAAAUAUGGUUCCCGUCUUUUUGGAUGCGAAACCACAAAUAUUCGAAAUCGAAGGAAAGCCCCAUACACUCGAGUUUAUAGACUCGUUGCAAACAGUUCUUUUGAAUGGGCGUCCAUUUAAAGUCGAAUUCGGAGGAUUGCCAAAACCUAUUAUCGUUAGGGAUAAGAAACAUUUUAUAAGAUUUUCGGUAUUGCCAAGAGGAGUUCGUCCGGGAUACGUUAAGAUCGCAGGCAUGAGAGGCGAAGAACCUAUCGAGUCACCACCUACUCCGCCUCUCUUAACGCAAAAACCAAAAGUAGAUACAACCGCUGCACCGACGCAAUUCUCGUCCGUCGAACCAGAAUCAACAGAAUCCCAAGACGGUUCUGAUCUUAGAUCGACUCCUAAACCGGAUUUACAAUUAGACAUGUUAUCUUCGGUUUUGCCAUCUGCAAUGGCGCCAGCAUCCGGAUUGUCGUAUCAAGCCGAGCCAGCUGAAAAUACAACGGCAGCCACUCCAGCGUUAUCUUUACCAUUGAAUAUGAACGAGUUGUUCCAGAGAUUGGUCGAGACUGGUAUCGUGCCGAACCUUUCCGAGCCAAAGAAACAAGAGGAAGAAGAAAAGAAAGAACCCGAAAUUAUUCCUGUUUCAUUCGAUAAACCAGAGACACUCAAAGUUAAACAACCAGCUAUCUCGGCAGCAUUAUACAGCGGUAUGCAGUGUAGUUCCUGCGGUGCUAGAUUUGCUCCUGAACUAGCGACUCGAUACAGCCAUCAUUUGGAUUGGCACUUCAGACAGAAUAGGCGAGAAAGAGAUUCCGCGAGGAAAGCUCAUUCGCGACCUUGGUACUACGAUGUUAGCGAUUGGAUACAAUUUGAAGAAAUCGAAGACCUGGAAGAUAGAGCACAAAGUUGGUUCGAAACGGAAAAACAAACGGCAGAUACGGAAGGUAUUGCUACGGAAGAUUCUCCUCAAGAAACAUUGCUACCUAGCGUUCCUACUGGAUCCGACGAGGAUUCCAGGUGUCAAGUGUGCCACGAUGCAUUUGAACAAUUUUACAACGAAGAGAAAGAAGAAUGGCAUUUAAGACCUGCAAUUAAUUUCGAAGACAAGAAUUAUCAUCCGCUAUGUCUCGAUGACUACAAGGAAAAGAGUCUUGUGAGAGCAUUGGAAAAAUCUGCGUUAGCGCUUGAGGAAACAAUUGAGGAAAUGGAAGAUGAAAAGAAGGAAAGCAUCGAUGAAAUACUUGCAGAAGAAAAUAAGACUGAGGAAUUAAGCGCUGGGGAGUCAAAUUCGGAAAUUGAAACGAUAGAUGCUCCUGAUGAAAUAAUAGAAAAUAACGUGGAACAAGUUUCUGAAACCGAAAACAAAGGAGAAGAAGCUAUGGUGGAAAAUAACGCAGAUAUCAAACACAAUGACAAAGAACAAGAUUUAAAAAACAAUAGCGAGGAGGUGAUUGACGCUGAUAACGUAGAAAAAGAGAUCGCGGCCACGUCAACGGCAAUGGAGACGGAAACAUGCGAAACAGAGAACAUGGAUAAAUCUUUCGAAAACAUUAAAAUUAAAGAAGAGCCAAUUGAUGAGCCCGAGGAACAAUUAGAAGAACAGCAAUUCGAUUUUACUAACGUAGAAGUUAAAGAAGAACCUGUAGAACCGGAACCAGACCCCGAAGAGAGUGUCAUUACCGAACCUGCAACAGCUGAUACGACGUAUGCCGCUGUCAAGAGUUCUAUCGAUGGAAAUGUAGAAUUAGAUUCUACACCUGCAGCCAUUCCGGCAGCUCCAUCGCGAAUUAAAAUUAAUAUCACAAAACCGUUGAGUAUCAAUAAGGAACCAGAAGAAGCAAAGGAAAAACCUGUAACCGAGGCACCCGUUGAAGAAGCAGUAGAACCUUUGGUGCCUGCUUCUAUAAAACCUGCUUUGCAAGGUAGAAAACUCUCAAACUUACCCCCCGUGGAAAGAGGCCAAGAAUUAUCAGGACUCUGCUCGAUUAUGUAAAUAGUACCUGUAAUAUAUUUAAAAUACGUCUGCAUGAAAGUCGUAUGGUUCGAAUGUUUUUUGUGUUUAGCGCUACUUAAAACUAAGAAUCGAUCAAUAAUGUACAUCACAUUUUGUGCAACUUAUACGACCUGAUGCGAAGUGUUUGAAGAAUUCAUCCUUUUUUCUUUUUUUUAAUCGUAUGAUCAUGUUUCUUUUCUUCUUUACAUAUUUUUCUUUCCAUUUUGUAUACCUGUUUUUACUUGUCUACCUUUCGACUGCCAAUACGGUAAGAAAAAUCAGUUACAUCCUCUUCACUUUGAAACAUCACGCCGUAUAAGUUAAAGCGUGUGUUUUAAUGUAUGAAAGUGUAAGCGUAUGCGUGUGUUUAGCUUUUGUUAAUUUUAAUUAAGGCGAAAAGAGAAUAAGAACUGUACAUAGUUAAUGUAAUCAAAACGAUUUAAUUAGAGCGAGAUAGCGUAGUAGCAUUCCCAACACGAAAAGUGCAAUCGCAUUUUGUGACACAAGGAUGUCAGAAAUGUAACACUGACGUGCACAAGACUAAUUAAGAAUUUCAUACCGUUUGUACUUUGUAAAAAUAUUCGAAUGGUACUCGAUGCAUUGUUUUCUAGAUAUAUGUCGUCUCUGUUUUGAUUUUACAAAACACAAAGACGAAGUCCCGCAAGAAGUAACGUGAAAUUACCCAAGUCUAUUAGAUAUACUAUACAACUUGUGUGAUAUAAAAUUGUUGAUUAUAAUGUAUAUAAUAUCAAUACUAAAAUAAUCGUGAUGAUAAUGGGUAAGGAAGAAAAACAGUUACUACUAGAGGAUUAUUUUGUUGUAUAAAAAAAAAAUAUUGUUGAUUAUUCGGGGUC